AUGUUGACGGCUCCCCGAAUCAAUGGACGUUUCAGCCAGCUCCUGCUGCUGGCCGCGAUACUCCUCAUCCUUACCAUAGUCUUCUACGCCAAUGCCGACGCCAUCCAUUUCCCUGAGAGUGUCUCACCGAAGCCUCCGACAAAAGGUCGCCCACAACACCCUAUCGAUGACUUGAUUGAAGAGGCGGAUCGCCAACAAGAUGCUUUGUUGCAGAGGGAGUCGCAUACCCUGGCAGAUGCCGUGCGCGCAUAUGAAGAAAGUAGAGGACGACGACCGCCGCCAGGUUUUGACGUCUGGUUCCACUUCGCCCAAGAGAACAAUGCUCUGGUCAUUGAAGACUUCUUCGAUCGCAUAUACCACGACUUGAAUCCUUUCUGGGCUGUGCCUGCGCUGACCAUCCGCCAACAAGCCGGCGACAUCUUCCACCGCAUCAGUAUUCGCAAUGGCAAUACUUCGCAGCUCAGCGAUCAACCGCGCGUCUGGCUGGACCUUUGGGAGAACUUGAUUGGAACCAUCGCACAACAUCUGCCCGACCUGGAUAUUCCUAUCAAUGUCAUGGACGAAUCGCGUGUCGUGGUACCUUGGGAGACGAUAGAUGAAUACAUGACUGCAGGAGAAAAGUCUCGACGCAUUAUUCCUGCUUCUGAGGUUGUCCGUGAGUUCGGCAGGACAUCAGUCAGGAAAGAUGAAGAAGUGCCACAAUUUGACCCUCAGUGGGAAGGAGGGCCAUACUGGGAUCGCGUUGUCAUCGGUUGUCAUCCUGAUUCUCCCGCUCGGUCAUACAAGGCAGAAGUGGACUAUACCGUCUUUCCACCUCUGAACAAUUCGUACCCGGAGAAGAGUCAUGAAGGCUAUGUUGCAAACUGGACCUACGUCAAGCAACCUUGUGAACACCCUCAACUGCAGGGUCUUCACGGCACCUUCGUCGAACCCAUCUCAAUCUCAAAUUCGAGAAAGCUCAUGCCGCUAUUCGGAGGCUCGAAAUUACCCAUGAACAAUGAGAUUCUGUUGCCGCCAGCAAUGUACUGGACGGACGACCCAUUCUACUCUGGAGGCGAGGAACACGGAGUGGAGUGGGAUAAGAAGAAAAACAAGAUCAUCUGGCGCGGCGCAGCUUCAGGUGGCCGCAACAAGGACACGACAUGGGCUCGAUUCCAGCGCCAUCGCUUUGUGUCCAUGGUGAACAGUACCAGCAUUGCUCAUGCCGAACAGACAGGCAAACAGCCCAACUUUGAACUUCCCGAGUCUAGCCAAUAUGACCUCCCGUCUGGAUCUCUGGCAAAGUGGGUUGGAGAAUGGGGAGAUGCUGCGUUUGUCCAUCUCCUUUGCUUCCCCGACACAAGGCCACCGUUCUGUGAUUAUGACGAUGCCUUUUACGAGGUCAAGCCACCUAUGCCAAUGGGAGAACAGUACAACUACAAAUAUCUGCCCGACAUUGACGGUAACUCAUUCUCUGGCCGUUACCGUGGAUUCCUGGGAUCAACAUCUCUGCCCAUCAAAGCGACCAUCUAUGACGAAUGGCAUGAUUCGCGAAUGAUGGCUUGGAAGCAUUUCGUACCGAUGGACAACACAUUUGUCGAUAUCUACGGCAUCAUGCAUUACUUUUUGAACGGUCGCGAUGCAGCAGCCAAGAAGAUUGCGCUCGAGGGCAAGCAAUGGACUGAGACUGUGCUCCGACGAGAAGACAUGCAGAUCUAUGUCUUCAGGUUGCUGUUGGAGUAUGCCAGGUUAUGCGAUGACAAUCGCGAGAAGCUUGGAUGGGUCAGUGAGACGGAGAAACUAUUGCUAGCUGAUGUAGACACGGCUGGAGCAAAGUAA